AUGGCAACUCUUCUCAAGAAACCACUGAAGCUAGCCCUCAUCCAAUUGGCUUCCGGGGCCGACAAGACUGCAAAUCUAAGUCAUGUCCGUACCAAAGUCCUCGAAGCCGCCAAAGCCGGCGCCUCACUCAUUGUUCUUCCCGAAUGCUUUAACUCGCCAUACGGCACGCAAUACUUUUCCAAAUAUGCCGAAACACUGCUUCCGUCGCCGCCUACGAGGGAACAGUCUCCUUCUUAUCACACCCUAUCAGAGCUAGCCAUUGAGGCGAAAUCAUAUCUGGUUGGAGGCAGCAUUCCGGAACUAGAGCCUGAGAGUAAGAAGUACUACAACACAUCCCUUGUAUUCUCGCCUACGGGGGCAUUGAUCGGCACUCAUCGCAAGACCCAUUUGUUCGAUAUUGAUAUCCCAGGAAAGAUUACGUUCAAGGAGAGCGAAGUCCUCUCUCCCGGAAACAAGAUCACCAUUAUAAAUCUGCCAGAGUACGGGAAGAUUGGACUCGCAAUCUGCUAUGAUGUGCGUUUCCCCGAGUUAGCGAUGGUUGCUGCCCGCAAGGGCGCUUUUCUGCUUGUUUACCCCGGUGCAUUCAACACGACUACGGGGCCUAUGCACUGGUCUCUACUGGGACGUGCGCGAGCAGUGGACAAUCAGGUCUACGUAGCCUUGUGCAGCCCUGCUAGAGACAUCAAAGCGACCUAUCAUGCCUACGGUCACAGCCUGGUUGCUAGCCCGAAUGCCGAUAUUCUCGGAGAGUUGGAUGAAAAGGAGGACAUCGUCUAUGCUGAUUUGAAUAACGAGACCAUUGAGACCUCCAGGAAGGGUAUUCCUGUGUAUACGCAACGUCGUUUUGACGUCUACCCCGAUGUUAGCGAAGGCAAUGUUGUAAUCGGAGAGUAA